AUGGUUCUUGCCUUGAAAACAAAAAUCACACAAGAAGUUCAACAAGAAGUGGCUGAUGGAGUUGAAGCUGAAAAGAAGGGCCACAGUAUUGUGAUCACUGGUUUAGCGGAAUUGGGUGCCAGUAAAUCUUUGAUGGAAAGAAAGAGAGACCUCGAAGAAAAAGUGGCCAAUGUCCUCGACGCGCUUGAAGUUGACUGCCGGCCCGAAGUAGCUUAUAGGUUGGGAAAGUUCAACGUUACGUAUCGAACUCCAGAUUCUGCUAAGACUGAUGAUGAUACAUUGUUUGAUUCUAUUUUUGAACUCUGCCUUUCGUCUCUUAGAAUCAUAAUUGUGGGAGACUUCAAUGUUGACAUGAAGAAACAUAGUAAUUGCACUAUUGAACGCUUCAAAACUUUAUUGGAAAGUUGUGAUCUAGCCCAGAACAUUCAUGCUCCCACUCGUUUACGUUCCAUUCUCCUAGUUCUUUCUUCUGGAUCUAGUAUCGGUGAUAUCGAAAUUCUGCCUCCCUUUGCCAAUUCCGAUCAUAAUGUUGUUUCUUUCAUGUUCGACUUUAAUACCGAGCAACCCCUCUAUCUGUCCUUGCCAGAUUUCAGUCGGGUAAACUAUUCCGAGUUACGUAAAUUUCUCGCUCGUGUUGACUGGCUGGAAGUUUUCGACAACUAUCAGUCAGUUGCAGAAAUGUAUCGUCGUUUUUGCCCUGUGAUGUACGAUAGUUUAGCCAAAUGCUUUCCCGAUCCAAGUUACUCUGGCACACUUCCUUCCUAUUAA